GUGAGUCAAGAUGGUGGUGUUACGCAGCAGUGGCUCUGUCGGAGCUGAGCCGGAGGCGAUUACUCCGAAGAGGAGGGCGGUUGACCUGGACACAAGCUCCGAGUUUCUGUCGCUGGUUCCCGCCGCGACGCAGAGAAAGUCCGCCCGGGCCACUCGGUCCUCACGGUUCCUGAACAACAGCUUCAGCAGCCCCGAGAACUGCUCGGGCUACGAUGCAAAGCAAGAGGAUGGAAGUGGUCUCAGUCACUCCCUCAGGUCCAGAGGACAAAGGGUUAAACCUGAGGUUGCUUUUGCCGACAUGGGGCCAAGGAUGAGCACCCCUGUGCAUGAAGACCGAGCUGAAGGCUACUGCACCAGGAAAUCUUCCAGGCUGCAGAGAGAGGCAAAAGCAUCCGAUGAGAAGCAGCGAGCAGAUGUUCCAGAUGAAGUGGAAGGGUCGUCAACCCCCAAAAGGAGUCGCUUUAACCUACAGAGUCAAGAAGUGGAGGUGGAAGAAGAGGACUGUUCAGUGCGACGAAGCUCCAGAAUCACCAGAUACAAGCGGCGCUCUCGUAACCAGUCGGUGUUCUACGAUCGCCUCAUCACCAACACUGCUGAAGCUGUUCUCCAAAAGAUGGACGACAUGAAGAAGAUGAGACGCCGGCUGAGGAGCAGAGGCCGAGAUUCUGAAGAAGAGCUGGAUGUGUUCAAAGACAGGAUGAGGAGGUCUCUGAGGACAAGUGCCGAGAGUGAAAACACUGAGCAGAAGAGCCAGGAGGAGGAUGAAGAUAAUGAAGACGAGGAGGAAGAAGAUGGAGAUGAUGAGGAGGAAGAAGAUGGAGAAGAUGAAGAUGGCGAGGACGAGGAAGAGGAGAACCAACGACGAUACGACUUGCGACAGAGAAAGACUGUGGUUCGAUACCAAGCCCCACUGGACGAACCCAGAGAGCCCCGGAAACGCAGCAUGUACUAUAAGGAGGUCUCCUCUCCGACCAGACGCAGGUUCAGAUUCAGCUCCACAGCUCCCAGGAGCCCCUACAGCAGGAGGAGCAGCAGGAGUGGUUCUGAGAGGAGGAGACAUGCCAUCCAUAGUAGUGACUCCACAUCCUCUUCCUCAGAUGACGAUGAGGAGAAAUUUCAGAGGCGCAGGAGUAAGGGCAGGAGCAGGUCUGUCAACAGAUGUCUGCCGAUGAACUUGUUGAAAGAAGACCUUCUGGGGAUUCGCAAGGACAGAAUGAAGAUUGGAGCCAGCCUUGCAGAUGUGGACCCCAUGCUUAUAGACAAAACGGUGCACUUCGACAGCGUUGGAGGUUUGAACAAACACAUUUCAGCACUGAAGGAGAUGAUGGUGUUUCCUCUGCUUUACCCAGAAGUCUUUGAGCGGUUCAAGAUACAACCACCCAGGGGCGUUCUGUUUUAUGGUCCUCCAGGCACUGGGAAAACACUGGUGGCCAGAGCACUGGCCAAUGAGUGCAGUCAGGGCGAGAAAAAAGUGGCGUUCUUCAUGAGAAAGGGAGCUGACUGCCUCAGUAAAUGGGUGGGAGAAUCGGAGAGACAACUGAGACUCCUGUUUGAUCAGGCUCAUCAGAUGCGUCCGUCCAUCAUCUUCUUCGAUGAGAUCGAUGGUUUGGCUCCGGUCCGAUCCAGCCGCCAGGACCAGAUCCACAGUUCGAUUGUGUCCACUCUUCUGGCUCUGAUGGAUGGAUUAGACAGCAGAGGAGAAGUUGUUGUGAUCGGAGCCACAAACAGACUGGACUCCAUCGACCCGGCUAUGAGAAGACCUGGACGCUUUGACAGAGAGUUCCUGUUUGGGCUGCCGGACAGAGAGGCGAGAAGGGACAUCCUGAAGAUCCACACCAGGCAGUGGGCUCCUCAACCUUCUGAGACUUUCCUGGAGGAACUGGCAGAUAAAUGUGUCGGGUACUGUGGAGCGGAUAUCAAAGCCGUGUGUUCGGAGGCGGCCCUGUGCGCCCUGCGGCGUCGCUACCCACAGAUCUACUCCUCGUCACAAAAACUUUUACUGGACGUGAACUCGAUUGUCAUCACUCACAAAGACUUCAUGUCGGCCAUGUCUAAGAUGGUGCCAGCUGCUCAAAGGGCUGUGGUGUCGCCAGCUAAAGCCUUGCUGCCUGCCAUUCGUCCUCUGCUGAACUCCACCUUUCAGAACAUUCUCCAAACGGUCAGCAGGGUGUUUCCUCAUGCUGAGCUGGGAUUAAAGAGAAAAAGACAACAUGAUGUGUCCUGGGGAGGGUCUGAGGAUGAGCUGAUGUUCAGUGAGGAAGAGGAUGCUGAAGCCUCCCAGACGCAGCUCAAGAUACCUCCUGCUAACGGCCUUCUAACCUUCAACAGGAGUGUGUUGAGCCAGCCCACAUCCUACCGCCCCCGGCUUCUCCUGAAGGGCAGACCAGGCUCGGGUCAGACCUCCCAUCUGGCUCCGGCUGUUCUUCACGCUCUGGAGAAGUUCACCAUUUACACUCUGGACAUGGCGGUCUUGUUUGGAGCCAGUGCUACGGCACCUGAAGAAACCUGUGCCCAGAUUUUUGUUGAAGCCAAACGAACUUCUCCCAGUAUCUUGUACAUCCCACAUAUCGGUCAGUGGUGGGAGACCGUGGGUCCUGCUCUCAGAGCAACCUUCCUGAGCCUCCUGAGCUCCAUCCCUGCCUUCGCUCCUAUACUGCUGCUGGCUACCUGCAGCCUCCAUCAGGACCAGCUGAGUGUGGAGGUGCAGGAGUUGUUUCGGGUCGAAUACGGAGAGGUCUUUCAUGUCCCGGUGCCAACCAGCCGAGAGAGGAGGGACUUCUUUGAGGAUCUUAUCCUCAAUCAGGUUGCAAAAGCCCCCGCUUCAAAAAAGAAAUCUGUGCUUCAUGCAUUAGAGGUGCUUCCUGUUGCCCCUCCACCCCCACCACGUCAGCUGACUGAAGAGGAGUGCCGCCGUCUGGAUGAACAGGAGGAAGAUACGCUCAGAGAGCUUCGUCUCUUUCUGCGUGACGUCACAAACCGCCUUGCUCAAGAUAAACGCUUCAAGGCUUUUACCAAGCCUGUGGAUCUAGAGGAGGUUCCAGAUUAUGCUGAAGUGAUCAAGACGCCCAUGGCCCUGUCGACAGUUCUGUCAAAGAUAGACCUCCAUCAGUACAGGACGGUCAAAGAGUUUCUCCAUGACGUGGACCUCAUCUGGCAGAACGCCCUCGAAUACAACCCAGACAGGGACCCUUCUGAUCGUCAGAUUCGCCACAGAGCGUGUGCGUUGAAGGACACCGUCCACGCCAUCAUCCGUGAAGAACUGGAUGAAGAUUUUGAGAAGAUUUGUGAAGAGAUCGUGGAGUCACGGAAGACGAGAGGUUGCUCCACUGCACGGUUUACUCCCACUUUCUACCACGUCCUCCCCAAACAGCCCAAACCUGCCACUGAUACUGAUGCCACCAACACGGCCCCACAAAGACACAAAGUUGAAUCUACUGUUGUGGUUGCUGCCGACACAAGUGUCCCUGCUGUCGCAACACCUAAAAUCACAGCCCACAAGAAAAAACGACGGAAAAGUCGUUGGUCAACCGGCUGCAUCCCAAAGAGGAAGUACUAUUCCUCUCCUCACGUGUCCAGAGAUGAGGCACCCUUUGGUUCCGAUGAGGAUGUUGAUGAUGGAGAUGACGAGGUUGAGAAGGAAGGAGGAGCGGAGGAUUGUGAUGCCAGUGGAGCAAAAGAGACUCGGACAAAUGUUGACAAAGAGCCAGAACCUGCAGCAGCUCAGGAAGGUGGUUCUGAUGCAACUGCUGAAGCUGAGAGCAGCCAGGAUGAAGAUGCAGAGAGAGAAGAGAAGAAACCAGCUGACGAAGACGUAGUGACACAGGAAGAUGACGUCCAGAUAAAAAAUAAAGAAGAAGACGACCUACAACCAGGAAACGGUGAAAACAAGAGAGGGGAGAGAAAUGAAAACAUCUCAGUUCACACUAAUAAAGAGAACAGUGCAGAGACGGAGGGAGACCCACUACCCACUAGUCCAGAACAGUCCCUCACUGAUUGUCAAUCAGAACCUCAGAUUGUGAAGGACCCGUCUGAAGAACAGAACCGAGUAGCUUCAGUACACGAAACCAAGCUGAAGAGUCCCGCUGAGCCGAUGGAGACAGAACCCACAGAGACAAGAGCAGAGCACAUCGUACAGCGAAUGACCCGAGCCCUGAAGAGCACGGUUCUGCAGCAGCAGGUGAUCGAUGUGGACAAAGCUGUGCAGAUCCUGGACCAGGAAACGCCUCCCCUGGUUGUGGACAGAAACAGAUUAAAGGAGCUUCUGGACAGAAUAGUGACCCAGACUGAAGGCUACGAGGUUUACAAGCUGGAGAAACUCUACGCUCUGCUCUGUCAGAACAUCUACAGACACAGACGAGACCACAACAAAACGGCACUAAUGCAGGAGCUGGAACUGGAGGUCCAGAACUUCUGUUUUUCUCUGACUUCUCUUCAGGAAGAGCUAGUUUAAAGCAUCUUUAUUAUCCUUAACCGUGUAAAACAAAUUCUAUUUUUACAGGAAUUCAUACUCCUUUA